UGGUAAAGAUCAGCUGUUGUUGAUGUUGAUGGUAGCUCACGCAAGUUUGUGACAGGUUAUGGGCAUUUGCAUUUAUUUUGCUGAAGCAUUGACAGCAGUUGCUAUACUGCAUGCCUUGGAAGUCCGAGUGUGGUUAUGGCAAUUAACAGAAAUAUUAUCAACUGCACUUCCUACACGAUGGCCUACGGUCAGCUUGUUGUCAUGGACUUUCGUGGGGCUUCUAUUUUGGGCCUAUCUGUACCUGCUGUAUUACAGAAUGGUUCAGUUACUACUGAAGAGGAUGGAAUUGAUUGAACCACAUAGGUCCCUCCUGGUGGAAACCUUUUGGAAAGCUGGAUUUCUGUGUUGUAGCGUCACAUACUUUAUAACGAAAUUCAUUCUCGACCAUGGAACCAAUGUUGACGAUUGGCUUCCUGAACUGGUUAAACAAAACAUUUUUCAUGGAAAUGAUCCCGUCGCACCCUGUUCGAAGAAAUAUUUUGGCCUAUAUUGUGCGUUUUAUGUACAUGAUCUGUGGAUGACAACUUCGAGAAGAGGAUUUAAUCUAACAAGUUCAACGAAACUUUUCUUUUAUCUGUUUGUGUUGACUGCGCAUUUAAUGAGGUGUGUGAAGGCUGCAUACCUGUUUGUGAUCUUAAUGAACAUUGAAGCAUUACCAGCAUGUGGUGCAGCAGCCUUUGUUCUGUUUGACCGGCCUGUGUGGAGAGGUGCAUUUCGUAUAGCAGGAGUCGGGGUGAUAUCCCGUAUACUAUUUGCAGCUCACGCCUUUCUAUGGGCGACAAACAUGUUCUUCCUGCUGCCUACCUUGUUGCUUUAUCCAGCUGUCACAACGGAGGUCAGGCAGCCGGAUGUUCUUCCUCUUAUUGCACUCAAUGCAGUCCUGUGGACAUUCUACUGUCUUAAUUUUGUGACAUCACCAACGUGCCGUCUCAUUUACCUGUACCUGCAAAGCCCGACAUCAGGUGUGAAACACAGAUCACUGUUGGACACAGCAUUAUUUCCUCCUGAGACUGACGUGAUUAAAGAGUUGCAAAGGAUACGAGAGGAGGUACGAGCAACUCGGAACCGUAGAGCGAAAGAAGCUGCAGCUGGCAGAAGGUCAGAACACCACAGUGGCUCAGUGACAGCAUGUGAUAUCAACAGGCGAGGACUGAAACUCUACCAGACAAUUAAAUGUGUGAUGGCGGUGAAGCGCCGCCUGAAGCGGCAGAGGGAGAUGCAGCAAGCACUUGCAGAAGAUGAGUCCUCGGAGUCUCCCACCACCACAUCACCAGCUGAAAGCUCUCCUGCCGAAAGCUCUCCUGCAACCUCCACUCCAGACACGCCACUAUCACCUGAUUUCCCUGUUUCUGAUGAAACUGAUGCCUGAAUCUCUCUUCAAUUUGUGGAAUAUGUUAUUACUAGUUUCAAGAUUGUUUUCUACACUUACACUUUUAUUGUUCCUAUCAAUAAGCAAUAGACAGGUGAGAACUAGGAGCUGAAACAGGGGAGAGAGCAAAAAGGCUCAGUUCAUACUGACAGUUUAUAAAAGUGAAGCAGUUGCAGGACAAAUUCAAGAUCUUAUUAAGGUAACAGAGAUGCUGUAGAAUGACAUGCAUUAGAAAUUUUGUAAGUCUGUCAGUUGUGAAGCUCAAGCAGAUCUUUUAUAACAUGUGCUUCUCAAGUGUCAGCACGCAUAGUUACAGAAUAUUUUGCACAUGUGUUGAAACUUCCCUUUUCUUUUGUGAAUUGAUGAUGCAUUUCUUGACUUGAAAAAACUCUUCAGUCACAUAGCAAAUUAUGAUCAUUUCUGGGGGUGUGUUCUUGCUAUGGACACUUUGCUUUCAUCUUCCCUUCAGAAAAAAAUAAAUUAAAUAUUUUAAUUAGUAUAACAUUUACAAUGUUGUAAUUUUCCACUUGCUUUAAAAUGCUGAUGUUAAGGGUGUUCCACCAGCCAUUAAAAUCUUAUUUUGAAGAACAACAAAAACUUAUAGCGUUAAUCUACAGUUGUCAGUCGGUAAUAAUGAAUUUGAAGAACAUUACUUCCACAAGUGUGUUCUUUUAAAAGUAGUACUUUAUUAUGUACUACUGUCUAGUUUGCAGUGUUUCUCAUUCUCAAAUGUGUCUACAAACAUAUCUACCACAUACCAGAUUGAAAUGUUAGUCAGAAUAUAAAAACCUCUAUGACUGCAUUGGUAGUUGAACAAUAAUUGCUGUAUGACAUGUAUUUCGUUCAUAAUCUUUUGGAAUAAAAUGAGAAACAGUGCUAGACGAAAUUUAAACAUCAAAUAACAUGUUUGAAACAUGGAACAUAGAAAACUGUUUCCUGAAAUUCCCCUCUGGUCAGUAUAACAUACAGGUUGCAUUUUAUGUAGUUAUCGUGAGAGAACUGGGUUAGAAUAAAUAAAAACAAAAACUAUAGGCUAUAUCUGAAAUGGAUUACCUUUAUGGAAUAAUGAUCUUAAGAAGGGAGUGGAGGAAGACAGAUAAGCAGUUUAAUCACAGAAAACAAAUAACAAGGCCAGAAGGUUAACUAAAGCCAUAACUUUCAAACAAAGGUAUAAUGUAGUUUUGAAAGCCAAGGGAUGAAAUCUGGCAGAAAUUAAAGGAUCCCCACCACCCAUUUAAGCAUUAUUUCGUGAUGUGUUGAUGCAAUACAGGUUAACUUCCCAGAAAGAAACUACAUUAAUGCACAGAUUAGAUUGGCGAUUGUAUUGUAGAUUGUAAACAGGUCCAAGCAAUUUGGUGCAGUCUAAUGCACUUGUCUUCAUUUUGGAGGAAUAAGGUUUCUAUUCUCAUUUGAUGAUCCAAGUUAACCUUCCAGUGGUUUUCCUAAAUUGAUUAAUAAGAAUGCUGUAUUUGUCAGUAGGAGAAGGAUGAGUCUGAUUUUUCUUUCCCAUCUUUGUACCCUUUUCUGAUUUAAACUGAUGCUGCAUCUCUAAACACCAUAUCAGUGAGGUGCUAGUCUUACUUCACUGCAAAUUCCAGAAUACAAAUUAUGAGCUGCAGCCAGUUAUAGAUAAGAAAUGUAACUCCAGAAGUAUUUUACAGUGAGCUAACAGGGAUGGAAAUAUAUAGAAAAAGGCAUACAUUAAAUUUUUAUGUGCAUGAAUAGCAGCCAGCUGUGCUGCAUCCCAUGGUCUACUGGACCUGAUCGCAGAGGUAUUUUUAGUUCUUCAUCACCCCCCACCCCCAAGUCUUUUCCUUUUCAUUGUCAUGCCCUGGGGGCACCAAAUUAGAUGGAAAAAACAUUUGCUCCCAUCCUAAUUGAUGGAACCAUUUUAUCAUUUCCAGAAAGUAAUGUAGGACAAAAAUGUUCUACUGUUCUGUGUUUUCUUAGCUUUUCCAUAAUUUUUCAGUUUCUGAAACUACUAAAAGCAGAUAGUUCUUCUUGGUGUAAUUUCUAAUCUUUGUUUUGAAUAUCAUGUUCUUUAGAUAAGAUUGAGGCUGUCUGAAGUUACAUAAUUUAGAAAUUAUGGUAGGUAGUGUUUUCUUUUAUUCAUAUCUAUGAGGGUAAGUCAUGAGUAUCUACAGUCAAUUUUUAUAAUUUAUUACAACAAGAGUACAAAAUGUUUAUUGAUAUCAUUUUUCAACAGUCAUCAUCCUGCUUUUCAGUGCACUUAGUCCAUCAUUGCACAAGCUUUGUGAUACCCUCUGAAAAAAAGGUAUUUGAUUGCACAAUAAGCCAUGUAUGCACUGUUUCUUUUGCCUGUUUACUGGAACUGAAUCGGUGGCCACUUAAAGCAUCUUUAAGCGGACCAUUCAUUUCAGAAAUGUUUCAUCUUCAUUAGCAUGAUGGUGCCGACAGAUUUUCAUGUAGUUACACUUGUGCUCUUUAUAGAGUUUUUUUUAACACAUCUCGCACCGAUUUUGUGACAGUUGGGCUCAUUAUGUACGAUUUUGUGUGCUAUAACUAAUCUGUAUAUGGUUUGCCACAUGAUGAGCAGUCAUUUGAUGGGCUGAUUCAAUAUUGGCUAACUUGUGGCUGUAGCUGGACAACUCGCUCUUUCUUCAUCCUUCACACUCAUCCAACCACUUUCAAGCAAAUCAUUGUCCCCAUCUUAUGCUGACAAUCUUCUACGAAUUUCCACUGCUGAUACACCUUCAGACCACAAAAAACGGACAGAACGCUGUUCUUCUACGGUGCAAACAGAGCAGCACAGACUUUUUUAUAUUUCAACAGUACAAAGCAGAUGAUGUAAUGAUGCUGCAACCUACCACAGGUGAAGACGAUGGUGCAGUGUAGUGGCUGGUGAGCACACAAAGCCAUAGAGGCAGCCUAAAGAUAAUUGGAGCAGAAGUGCAGAUACUUACUGACUUAGUUUCAUAGUUCAGCAAAUAAAACUAAGUACUGCAUACUGUGUGACACCAGUACUGAUAUUUUGACACACUGGACAGUUAUGAAAUUAAAGCUAAUGUUUACAUACAAGGUUCAUACUAAUAGUACGUGUACCAUUGAAUAAUUAAUGCUGCUACUGUAAGUUUGUCCAUGUAAAACAGUAUUUGUGGUUUGAAAAAACAAAGAUAGUAAAAUGCCACAUGUCAGUAGCCUUUAGUAUAUGUGUUGUAUGGCAACACAUGAUUUUAUGUCAAUUAUCUGACUUAAUCUGCAGCCGAAAUCUUAGAUUCCUACAAAAAUUUUGUUCAGUUUUCUCCCUUUGCUUGAUUACUUGAUGAUGAGAAGUGAUAGGGUACAUUUUCAUAUCCUAUUCCCUCCCUCUUAUGCAACAACUGUAAUAAAGAAAAUGGUUUGUUGUUCUUAUAGUUGAAUUUCAGUGAAAACUGGUACCAUAUUGGAGAGGAGAAAUUCUUGUUAUUUGUUGAACAGAAAGCAACAGGGUUUGUGGCACAGCAGGAGUGGGAGGGAGGAUAAUAGUCGGCAUCUUGUCUCUUGCAUAUCAAGUGUGUAUCUAUAAGGGUUUCAAAGUAAAGUAAAGAUUGAAACCAGUUAAGGACCUUUUGCAACAUGUACAUAUCUUAAGCACACUUUUUUGUGCAAAUUCAAGGGGUUCAUAUUUUCUUGUACUUAAUGUUGUUGGUAUGUGUGAAAUUUUUAAACAGAAAUAAAUGUUAAUAAUACGCUUAUCUGUGAUAUCAGGACUGUUGCAAUGUAUCGCAUAAACAUACAUAAAGCUUUGCGGCAAGUUGUGCAGAUCUAUGUAUAUAUCUAUUUAUUUGCUAAGAACAUUGAAUUGUUCUUUCAGAGACUUAACAGAUGUUUGUGAUUUAAAAUAUGUAUGACUCUUUGUUCUAUUUAUUUUUGUUGCUGUGAAAAUAAAUGUUAGCCUAAAUGAC